AUGUCUGACUGGCCUGAAACACCAAACACAUCUUCGGCCACGUUCCAGCUAGAACUGGCUCCAAGUCUCCCUCUGCACUAUGAGCUAGGUCCUGUUUUGGGUGAGGGUGCCUUUUCGAGCGUUUACCGGGCUAAAAAUACCAAGACCGGGCAGGAUGUUGCAAUCAAGAUCAUCAACAAACUGAACCUUUCCCAAAAACAAUUGGCUAAUAUCUCCAACGAGAUCCAUGUCAUGAACACUCUUGCCAAUGCCGGCCCACACCCGAACAUCUUGCGCCUCAUUGAGGCUUUUGACACCGACCUGAACUGUUUUAUAGUGUUGGAGUUGUGUGACGGAGGAGAGAUCUUCAACAAGAUUAUCGAGUACACUUACUUCUCGGAACUGCUCUCACGGCACGUCUUUUAUCAGCUCUUAGAUGCCAUCCGCUACAUGCAUGAAAAUCACAUCGUUCACAGAGAUAUCAAGCCCGAGAACUUACUUUUCAAAACAAUUCCUUUCAACGUGCGUUCGGAGGAAGAUGCUAAAGCUGCUCUUCGAGCAUCAGAUGAUGAGUCCAAAGUAGACGAGGGAAAAUUCGUUCCAGGCGUGGGCGGUGGCUGUAUUGGUGCUAUAAAGUUGGCUGACUUUGGCUUGGCUAAACAGCUCAAGUACGAUCUGCUUUCCACCAAAAGAGCCAAUAACCUCAAAACCCCUUGUGGUACUGCCGGAUAUACCGCUCCUGAAGUGAUUCAUUGCGGUGUGGACACCAAGAAGAGAUUCAAGAGCUCCACUUCGCGGAGCAAUUACUACUCCAAGGCAGUUGAUAUCUGGUCACUCGGUUGCUUUCUUUAUACUAUUCUUUGUGGAUUUCCUCCGUUCUAUGACGAAGACCACGUCGUGCUCACUCAAAAGAUCAUCAAAGCUGAUUUUGUCUUCCUAGAGCCUUGGUGGGAUGAGGUCAGUGCUGAGGCCAAAGACCUCAUCACAAGAAUGUUGAUAGUCAAUCCCGAAGAUAGAAUUACUAUUGAAGAAAUCUAUGCACAUCCUUGGGUAGCUAAGGCAACUGCCCCGGAGGCAAAGGAGUACUUUCCUGACAACAUCAAUUUUGCUACGGCUCAUACCCCUCAAAGCAGCAGAAGCGUUAGCGCAAGUCCCUAUCGAAACCCAUCCACGCCUAACGGUCUGAUGAGAGCACUUGUGAGUCCUGGUAUUGCAAUAAAGCAGGUCUUCAACAAUCCGGCUAUGUCGCAUGUAAAUCUCAAGCUGUUGGCGCAAUUGCAGCAACGUGAUACUGAAAUUCACUUUGAUGAAAAUACCAAAUUCAAAGAUGGAUCGUUGCACACAAAGAUUCCUCAAACUCCUGCCCCAAAAGACAUCAGCUUCCGAGACGUCCUUGCAAACAAAGGCCACUUCUCAUUUUCUGAUGAUGAUGAUGAUGACGAAGAUGAAGACGAUGAAGGCAAUGAUUAUAGUGAUGGUAGCUUUUUUGGUGACGAAUCAGAUGAUGAUGGGAAGGUAGAGCUUAUAGCGCGCUUCAAGGAGCUAGAUAUGACUCCUGACGAGAGUCAGGUGUUUGCAGGCGAACAAGCUGGCACCCCCACACGCUCGAAGUAUAUCUCGCUCUCAUCAAACUCCUCAACCGACUCUCUGAAACUCACAUACAACGAAGACGGAUCUGUUCUGCGGUCGUCCUCUGUCAUGAGCAAUGGUGCUUCUGAUAUGAAGUUUACGCUCAAUUUGAACGACCUGAAUUUGUUGAAGAGAAGAACGUCUGUGAAAAGUACCAGCCAGGCUUGA